CCAUGAAGACCAGUAUUCCUUUAGCUCUCGUCGUGUCGUGGCGUGGCGCUCUCGUGGAGUUCGUCUGGCCGAAAAAAUAAAAAUCUUUCCCUACUGCCAGGCGUGAAAGGUGUGCGGGCGUUCGGAGUGUGUGGUUUUAUUGAGGCAAAUAUUAAUCCACCGCGUUAAAUGGUGGCAUCGCUGGAGUGAUUAAUCAUUGAAACUGAACCCUACGGAGUGAUAUUCGAGUACAGUCGGCUAGCGGAAGACACUGCGGUUGCAAGACAUCCCGGAGCGGUUAAUCUGUGUGGCAGUACCCGAGGACGAUCUUCUUGAGUAAGGAUGAGUCGGCGCUUCUCACGAGCAGAGUCCAGCUCGGACCUGCUAGCAUUCUUGGAUCGUGGCCACUCAGCAAACACGGAGAAUCGAUGGACUUUUGAAAUUGCAUGGGAAGUCGCCAAUAAGGUCGGUGGAAUUUACACCGUUAUUCGUUCGAAGGCAUUUGUGUCGACGGAAGAACUGGGAGAUCAGUACUGCCUCAUAGGACCGUACAAGGAGGCAUCGGCCCGAACGGAAGUGGAAGCCUGUGAGUUUCCCAACAAUGGACCGCUGUACGGGGCAGUGUCGGCUAUGCGAAACCAGGGCUACAAGGUGCACUGUGGCCGGUGGCUAGUCGAUGGUAACCCCCAGAUCAUUCUGUUCGACAUUGGAUCGGCUGCGUGGAAAAUGGACGGCUACAAGCAGGAACUGUGGGAAUCGUCCAACGUUGGAAUACCGCAUUUAGACGUCGAGAGCAAUGACGCAGUCAUUCUCGGGUACACCAUUGCCACCUUUAUCGCAGAGUUCAAACGCUGUGCUGAACAAUACUCGCACGACAAUGAAUAUGGACCGCCGCGUAUCGUGGCCCACUUCCACGAGUGGCAGGCCGGCGUCGGUCUAAUCGCUCUACGAACGCGCCACGUAGAUGUCGCCACUGUGUUCACAACCCACGCUACCUUGUUGGGUCGAUAUCUGUGUGCUGGUAAUACGGACUUUUAUAACAACUUAGACAAAUUCCCUGUCGACGAGGAAGCCGGCAAACGACAGAUUUACCACCGCUAUUGUCUCGAACGUGCCGCAACUCAUCUGUGUCAUGUGUUCACCACCGUUUCGGAGAUUACCGGCUACGAGUCGGAACAUUUACUUAAGCGCAAACCCGAUAUCAUUACACCUAACGGUUUGAACGUGAAAAAGUUCUCCGCUAUUCACGAGUUCCAGAAUUUGCAUGCCAUGGCCAAGGAGAAAAUUCAUGAGUUCACCAGAGGACAUUUCUACGGUCACUUUAACUUUGAUUUGGAGAAGACUUUGUACAUGUUCAUUGCCGGUCGAUAUGAGUUCUCGAACAAGGGCGCUGACAUCUUCAUAGAAUCCCUGGCUCGAUUGAAUCAUUUGCUUAAGUCGAACAAUCCGGAUGUAACCGUGGUGGCUUUCUUGAUUUUCCCUGCCAAGACCAACAACUUCAACGUAGAAUCACUGCGUGGCCAUGCCGUUACCAAACAGCUACGCGAAACUCUCAACAACAUUCAGCAGCAGGUCGGAAAGCGGAUGUACGACACUUGCCUGAAAGGACAUCUGCCGGACGGAAACGAAAUUUUAACUAAGGAAGACAUGGUCAAAAUCAAGCGAUGCUUGUACGCUCUGCAACGCGAUGGAAAUCCUCCGGUCACCACCCACAAUGUCGUAGAUGAUUGGAACGACCCCGUUCUGGAGUCAGUUCGACGAUGCCAUCUGUUCAACACAAAAUACGAUCGUGUUAAGAUUGUUUUCCACCCAGAGUUUUUGAACUCUACCAAUCCGUUGUUUGGCCUGGAUUACGAAGAGUUUGUUCGUGGCUGUCACUUGGGCGUGUUCCCGUCAUACUACGAACCGUGGGGUUAUACACCAGCCGAGUGUACCGUAAUGGGUAUCCCUAGCGUCACAACCAACUUAUCUGGGUUCGGUUGUUUCAUGCAGGAGCACAUUGCUGACCCCAAGUCCUACGGUAUCUACAUUGUGGAUCGACGCCACGUGGGACUGGAGGAAAGCGUGCAGCAGCUGUCGAAGUUCAUGUUCGAAUUCUGCAAGCUGAACCGGCGCCAGCGAAUCAUCCAACGAAACCGAACUGAACGGCUUAGCGAUCUGCUCGAUUGGAGAAAUCUUGGAAUUUAUUACCGCCAAGCUAGAAUAAAGGCACUGCAAACCGUGUAUCCGGACUACGUCGAUGAAUCGGAGAGCUACCUGAAGCGAGCUGCUGACUUCAAUUACCCUCGUCCAGUCAGUGCCCCACCAAGUCCAAGUUCUUCCAGACACACCACGCCAGCCCCGUCGUUGCACGGAUCCGACGACGAGCAGGAUUCCGUUGAUUCCGAAGAAGAGCUGGAGGAGCUGAAGAAAGCCAACUCGCAUGACUAAAGGAGCACAGCUAUCUUUAUAGGAAACGUAGUACACUUAUUGACACACACUCACUAUUACACGCAAAAAAAAGAGUCAUAUUAGGUAACAAUGAAUGCCAUCCUAGGUUGACACUAUUACAGAAAAAUGCACACGAUAUUUAACGCGAAACGGUAGGCAUCCCAUCGCACAGUUGCCCUUCCGUCAUACGUAUGCUGGUACUAUUUUACUUCUUGUUGUGUCUUUUAAUUAAGUUAGGAAAAUCCAUCCUUUCAAAUUCUAUUUUCUGUACAUCCUGAUCGUUUUGUCCAGUUUUGCCUUCCCUGUAGCUACCAAUGUGCGUGUUCAGCCAUGAUAUUGAACAAUGAUGUUAUUUGCCGAUAUUUUAAUAGUUUAUCUAGACUGUAAGCAAUGAUGGCGAAGUGUUCCGAUUGAAGAGUCCUGUUUAUUUUAACAACACUAUCACGUAGAGCUAAAAGAACAGUGAAUCAAUAGAUAAAAGCCUGUUACAAAUUAGAA